AACUCCUUUUCCCCCUCUUCUUCAAGCUCCUAUUUUUAUCCAUGGAGCUAUGUAUAUAUAUAAGCAUUUGAGAUCCAUUGCUUGAGUGGCCACUUCUUUGCUGUGGUCCAUCUUCACUCUUUUAAUCAGAGAACAGCAUGUGGGGCAUGCUCUUGUGAGGGACAGAUCACACAUCUCCCCUUGUUGGAUUUUGUGCACCAAAUGGCUAUUUGUGUACCUGUGAAUAGCUUUUUCACCUUUCUUUUAAUCUUUGUUAUAGUGCUCAGAUUCUCCCAGCCAAGUUUAGAAGCACGGGGAAAGCUUAUUGUCUUGUACCUACAUACAAAGAUCCAAUCUUGGCCACUUUUCUCAUCUGGGCCCUGUUCAUUUACCCCUUUCCCCUUCUCCUCCAUUAGCAAAGCUUCGAUGGUGGUGGGAAAAAGCCUAAAAAGGAGAAGAAGCUUAUAAGCUACGCACACAAGAUCCAAACUUGACCACUUUCCUCUCCAAUCCAUAGCUUUUACAGCUUUUAUAGCUUUUAAUGGUGGAAAGAGCUUAAGUAGGAAGAGAGGAAGGUCAAGGAGAAGAAGCUUAUCACUCACAACAACAACAACAACAGCAACAACAACAACAAUGUGGGCCUAUAAUGGAGUGUUGUACCAUGUUCUAGGCCUUGUUACAUGUGUUGCUUUGAUAUACUUCUCAUUUGGGGAUGUGGAGUUCCAUUUCAAGGAUAAAAAAGCGAGCUUUGUGGGGAGGAACGGGACCAGGUUCUACGUGGAGGGGAGAGCGUUCUACGUGAAUGGGUGGAACUCGUAUUGGUUAAUGGAUCAAGCUGUGGAGGAGGUGACGCGGCCGAGGGUCGGCGCAAUCUUUGGAGCUGGUGCUAAAAUGGGCCUCACUGUGUGCAGGACCUGGGCUUUUAACGAUGGCUACUACAAUGCACUCCAAGUUUCACCAGGGCAUUUUGAUGAGAACGUUUUCAAGGCGCUGGAUCGCGUAAUCGUGGAAGCACAAAAACAUGGAAUUAGGUUGCUUCUAAGCUUGGCGAAUAAUCUCGACGCCUACGGCGGGAAAACACAGUAUGUUAAAUGGGCAUGGGAGGAGGGGAUCGGAACGAGCGCCUCGAAUGAUUCCUUCUUCUUCGAUCCAUCUAUCCGCGGUUACUUCAAAACAUAUCUCAGAACGCUGUUGACGAGGAAGAACCACUUAAACGGGAUCGAGUAUAAAGAUGACCCUGCGAUCUUUGCGUGGGAGCUGAUGAACGAGCCAAGAUGCAUGUCUGAUGCAUCUGGCGAUACGCUGCAGGGUUGGGUCGAAGAAAUGGCAGCAUAUGUGAAGUCGAUCGACAAAAACCAUCUUCUGACAAUCGGGCUCGAGGGGUUCUACGGUCCAUCAUCUCCGUCGGAGAAGCAGAGCGUGAAUCCUGGGAAAUGGUUCGGCACUCUCGGAUCGGAUUUCAUUCGGAACUCCAAAGUUCCAGAUAUCGACUUUGCCUCUGUCCACGUUUAUCCCGAUAGUUGGUUGGUGAAUGCAGAUCUCAAUGAGAAGAUAAACUACAUCUCCAAAUGGGUUAUCUCUCACAUCGAAGACGGCGACAAAGAGCUCAAAAAACCUGUCUUGUUCACGGAAUUUGGGCUCUCAAACAAGAACAAAGACUUCGAUCACUCGCACCGAGAUGUGUUAUACAAGUCUAUAUACGAUAUAAUCUACGACUCCGCAAAGAAAAAUGGAGCAGGGGCUGGUGCCUUAGCUUGGCAAUUCAUGGCCGAAGACAUGGAAGAAUAUAACGACGAGUUCGGGAUCGUCCCCCAUGCGAGGCCUUCGAUGUACGUGUUGAUAAAGGAGCAAUCGUGUAGGCUCGCCGCAUUACGAUAUGGACCAGAUUCUAUGAAGAGUAAACCUGGAAAUAUAUGCGAAUGACUUCAAAAUGAUAUAAGUUUUGUUUUUUGUUCAAUUUUUGAUCGAUUCCCCUUCGCGGUGUUUAUACUCGUUUCUUCGAGAGCAUAUGGUCUGUCUUAGGAUUUUGCAUCAUUUCAUUAUAUAACUUUUUUUUUUCCUUUUUUUUUCUUUAAAUUUGUUGUGAACCAAGAUAUCAUGUAAGUAAUAGAAAGUUAAGAGAUUUUUCGUGGUUGUUACCGUGGAA